GCCGCGCCCGGGGACGCGCCCGGGCCGGUCUCUGCCCUAAUGCGGCGGCGAGAGGCGCUGCAGGGGACGCGGGGGUAGUGGCAGCGCCGGCAGCGGAGCGCGCGGGCUGCGCCCAGGGCCGGAGCGGAGCCCCUGGAGAGUGACCCCGGGGUCUUCUUUGUGUGUGCUUUGCGACGUUGAUUGACGUAUGUGCAGUUUGGGACACUGGAGGUUUCCUUCCCGCCGCCGCCUCUGGUGCUGUGAGAAGGGGGCUGCAUGAGGCAGAGACGCUGAGCUCUGUCUGGGAGGCUGAGUCAGAGCAGCUGGAAGAAGCAAGACCCCGCCGGCCGGGGAACGGGGAGCGGGGCCCAGCGCCGAGGAUGGCCAGGCCGCAGCCACCACCCUGGGUCCACGCGGCCGUCCUCCUCUGCCUCCUCGGCCUGGGCGGGGCCAUCGAGAUUCCUAUGGAUCCCAGCAUUCAGAACGAGCUGUCCCAGCCCCCGACCAUCACCAAGCAGUCGGUGAAGGACCACAUUGUGGAUCCCCGCGACAACAUCCUGAUCGAGUGCGAAGCGAAGGGGAACCCGGCCCCCAGCUUCCACUGGACUCGAAACAGCAGGUUCUUCAAUGUCGCCAAGGACCCCCGGGUGUCGAUGAGGAGGCGAUCCGGGACGCUGGUGAUCGACUUCCGCAGUGGAGGGCGGCCAGAGGAGUAUGAGGGGGAGUACCAGUGCUUCGCCCGCAACAAAUUCGGCACAGCCCUGUCCAACAGGAUCCGCCUGCAGGUGUCCAAAUCUCCCCUGUGGCCCAAGGAAAAUCUAGACCCCGUGGUGGUUCAGGAAGGCGCCCCCUUGACACUCCAGUGCAACCCGCCGCCCGGACUUCCGUCCCCAGUCAUCUUCUGGAUGAGCAGCUCCAUGGAGCCCAUCACCCAAGACAAGCGCGUCUCCCAGGGCCAUAACGGGGACCUGUAUUUCUCUAACGUGAUGGUGCAGGACAUGCAGACCGACUACAGCUGCAACGCCCGCUUCCACUUCACCCACACCAUCCAGCAGAAGAACCCAUUCACCCUCAAGGUCCUCACCACUCGAGGAGUUUCAGAAAGAACCCCCAGCUUCAUGUACCCCCAGGGCACCGCGAGCAGUCAGAUGGUGCUGCGCGGCAUGGACCUGCUGCUGGAGUGCAUCGCCUCCGGGGUCCCCACACCAGACAUCGCGUGGUACAAGAAAGGCGGGGACCUCCCAUCGGACAAGGCCAAGUUCGAGAACUUCAACAAGGCUCUGCGCAUCACCAGCGUGUCUGAGGAAGACUCGGGGGAGUACUUCUGCCUGGCCUCCAACAAGAUGGGCAGCAUCCGGCACACGAUCUCGGUGAGAGUAAAGGCCGCUCCCUACUGGCUGGACGAGCCCAAGAACCUUAUCCUGGCUCCAGGCGAGGAUGGCAGGCUGGUGUGUCGAGCCAAUGGGAACCCGAAGCCCACUGUCCAGUGGAUGGUGAAUGGGGAACCUUUGCAAUCGGCACCGCCCAACCCAAACCGCGAGGUGGCCGGGGACACCAUCAUCUUCCGGGACACGCAGAUCAGCAGCAGGGCCGUGUACCAGUGCAACACCUCCAACGAGCACGGCUACCUGCUGGCCAACGCCUUCGUCAGCGUGCUGGACGUGCCGCCUCGCAUGAUGUCCCCACGGAACCAGCUCAUCCGGGUGAUCCUGUACAACCGCACACGGCUGGACUGUCCCUUCUUCGGGUCCCCCAUCCCCACACUCCGAUGGUUUAAGAAUGGGCAAGGGAGCAACCUGGAUGGUGGCAACUACCACGUCUACGAGAACGGCAGCCUGGAAAUCAAGAUGAUCCGCAAAGAGGACCAAGGCAUCUACACCUGUGUCGCCACCAACAUCCUGGGCAAAGCCGAGAACCAGGUCCGCCUGGAGGUCAAAGACCCCACCAGGAUCUUCCGGAUGCCUGAGGACCAGGUCGUCAAAAGGGGCACCACCGUGCAGCUGGAGUGCCGGGUCAAGCACGACCCCUCCCUGAAGCUCACGGUCUCCUGGCUGAAGGACGACCAGCCGCUCUACAUCGGGAACAGGAUGAAGAAGGAGGAUGACUCCCUGACCAUCUUCGGGGUGGCUGAGCGGGACCAGGGCAGCUACACGUGCGUCGCCAGCACGGAGCUGGACCAAGACCUGGCCAAGGCCUACCUCACCGUGCUAGCUGAUCAGACCACUCCAACUAACCGUUUGGCUGCCCUCCCCAAAGGACGGCCGGACAGACCGCGGGACCUGGAGCUCACCGACCUGGCCGAGAGGAGCGUGAGGCUGACCUGGAUCCCAGGGGACGAUAACAACAGCCCCAUCACAGACUAUGUGGUCCAGUUCGAAGAGGACCAGUUCCAGCCAGGGGUGUGGCACGACCAUUCCAAGUUCCCAGGCAGCGUCAACUCGGCCGUCCUGCAGCUGUCCCCGUACGUCAACUACCAGUUCCGGGUCAUUGCUGUCAACGAGGUCGGCAGCAGCCACCCCAGCCUCCCGUCCGAGCGCUACAGAACCAGCGGGGCCCCCCCUGAGUCCAAUCCCAGCGACGUGAAAGGAGAGGGGACCAGAAAGAACAACAUGGAGAUCACGUGGACGCCCAUGAAUGCCACCUCCGCCUUUGGCCCCAACCUGCGCUACAUCGUCAAGUGGCGGCGGAAGGAGACUCGAGAGACCUGGAACAACGCCACAGUGUGGGGCUCCCGCUACGUGGUAGGGCAGACCCCUGUCUACGUGCCCUAUGAGAUCCGAGUGCAGGCCGAAAAUGACUUUGGGAAGGGCCCGGAGCCAGACACGGUCAUCGGCUACUCUGGAGAAGAUUAUCCCAGGGCUGCACCCACUGACGUUAAAAUCCGAGUCCUGAACAGCACAGCCAUCAACCUUCAGUGGAACCGCGUCUACUCCGACACGGUCCAGGGCCAGCUCAGAGAGUACCGAGCCUACUACUGGAGGGAGAGCAGCUUACUGAAGAGCCUGUGGGUGUCUCAGAAGAGACAGCAAGCCGGCUUCCCUGGUGACCGCCUCCGGGGCGUGGUGUCCCGCCUCUUUCCCUACAGUAACUACAAGCUGGAGAUGGUUGUGGUCAAUGGGAGAGGCGAUGGGCCUCGCAGUGAGACCAAGGAGUUCACCACCCCGGAAGGAGUACCCAGCGCCCCCAGGCGCUUCCGAGUCCGGCAGCCCAACCUGCAGACAAUCAACCUGGAGUGGGACCACCCGGAACACCCCAACGGCAUCCUGACUGGGUAUUCUCUCCGAUACCUGCCCUUUAAUGGAACCAAACUAGGAAAGCAGAUGGUGGAGAACUUCUCUCCCAACCAGACCAAGUUCACGGUGCAGAGAGCGGACCCCGUGUCACGCUACCGCUUCACCCUGAGUGCCAGGACGCAGGUGGGCUCCGGGGAGGCGGUCACGGAGGAGUCGCCGGCGGCCCCGAAUGAAGCUACUCCAACCGCAGCUCCUCCCACGUUGCCCCCGACCACGGUGGGUGCCACGGGCGCCGUGAGCAGUACCGAUGCUACUGCCACUGCCGCCGCCGCCACCGAAGCCACAACAGUCCCCAUCAUCCCAACUGUCGCACCUACCACCAUCGCCACCACCGUCGCCACAACUACCACCACCACUGCCGCCGUCACCAUGGAGAGUCCUCCCACCACCGAGACUAAGACACAUGAAUCCGCCCCCGACGAGCAGUCCAUAUGGAACGUCACGGUGCACCCCAACAGUAAAUGGGCCAACAUCACCUGGAAGCACAAUUUCGGGCCCGGAACUGACUUUGUGGUUGAGUACAUUGACAGCAACCAUACGAAAAAAACUGUCCCUGUUAAGGCCCAGGCCCAGCCUAUACAGCUGACAGACCUCUAUCCCGGGAUGACAUACACAUUGCGAGUUUAUUCCCGGGACAACGAGGGCAUCAGCAGUACCAUCAUCACCUUUAUGACCAAUACAGCUUACACCAACAACCAGCCCGACAUCGUCACCCAGGGCUGGUUCAUCGGGCUCAUGUGCGCCAUCGCCCUCCUGGUGCUGAUCCUGCUCAUCGUCUGUUUCAUCAAGAGAAGCCGUGGUGGCAAGUACCCAGUGCGAGAAAAGAAGGAUGUUCCCCUUGGCCCCGAGGACCCCAAAGAAGAGGAUGGCUCCUUUGACUACAGUGACGAGGACAACAAGCCGCUGCAGGGGAGCCAGACGUCGCUGGACGGCACCAUCAAGCAGCAGGAGAGUGACGACAGCCUGGUGGACUAUGGCGAGGGCGGCGAGGGGCAGUUCAACGAGGACGGCUCCUUCAUCGGCCAGUACACGGUCAAAAAGGACAAGGAGGAGACCGAAGGCAACGAGAGCUCGGAAGCCACGUCGCCCGUCAACGCCAUCUACUCUCUGGCCUAGCGGAGCCCAGGCACAGCCACUGCUUUCCAAGUGGGGCGAGAGGCGCGGGGGCGACCCAGCCACCGCCACCUUCAUGGACAGGGUACAGCGUGGGGGCCUGCCAAGCUGUGAGGACCACUGACCACCCAGCCAACCAUAAGCCCCUCCCCAUGACCCACACACCAGGUGCCAUCGGUGGGGGAGAGCCCGAGCCGUGGCCGAGCUCAGCUGGAGGGCACCCGGGCCCCUGCUCAGCCUCACAGCCGCCCUGAGCCUUCCCCCGGCACUGCCUUCCCUUGACCUCAGCAUACACUCACCACUUCCUGUCGGUUCUGGUACUUGUCAUUGCCUUUGUUUUGCUUUAUCCAUCUUUCCCUUCAGAUCCAAUGUCUCCACUUUCCCUUCCUUCUGAAGUAUCCCUGGGAAGAGAAAGAAUAGGUGGAUUCUCUCUCCCCCCACCCCUUCCCCCCUCCCCCAAAAAGCUGCAACGAUGGGUAAAAAAAACUUUGGUCCAUAAAAGAACAUACAGAAAAGCUGCAGUAUUCAACCGCGUGGGGCCAGUGAUUUCGAAGGAUGCCUUUCUCGCCGUAUGCCUCCCGCUGCCCGCAACCCAUCACCUCGGCCUUGUCUGUUGCUGAGCUGGGCUUGGCUCCUUUCCGGAAAAAUGACAGUAUUUUAGGCAGGGAGAGGGCGGACAGGGCUUCUUGCCUGGCUCUGGCUCUGGCUCAGCUGGGAGGUGGGCUACCUCUUGCUCCUCCCUGUGACCCUGCCCGAUCCUCCAGAGUGUCUGGGACAAGAGCUGCACUGACUGGUGGAGGAGUGUGAGGAGCAGGAGCGGGCCCUGAUGGAAAGUUCAACUCCAGUGACUGGGGACCUCAAGCAGCAGAAAAGCAGGAACCCGGUCCCUGGGGAGCUGUGCUCACCUCAAGAGAGGAGAACAAGACUGGGUUUGGACUCCUUCCUCCCCAUCAGGGACACCCAGGACUAGGCGUUAGGGCCACGCCCACUGUAUCCCAGAGGAGAGGGUGCCCCCCACCUGGCCAGGGUCUGCACCGUGCCCUCCAGGAGAUGGGGCCUUGUGGUGCGGAAGCUUGGCUGGUGUGUCUGGGGGUGUAAAGCACUGCUCCCCCUUCACCUCUGCAGGUGUCAUCCCUUCGGUCGGUUCUCUGUAACAUUGCAGCUGUGCAGACGGGGUGUCCUUCCCGUAGGGUGUUUCCCUAUGGGCCCCCUGCGGGGACAGCACCCGAGCCGUGCUAUGAAACCUGGCCUGGAGGACUCGGCGCGCCUCUCUUCGUAUGCCUUACGCAACUCUCCCGUGUCCCUGCAGCCCCGGGCGCCAGCCCUCCCUGCAAGCCGCAAGCCUCCAGCAAGGCCUGUCUGGAGGAGAACAGGCGGCCUAUGCAAGCAUCACAGCAGACCCAGAAACAACCACUUCACACGUGCCCUGCGAGCCGUGGCCCAGAGGGGACCUUCGCAGACCUGCCUGCAGUGCUCGGAGGCUGAAGGCACCGCCUUCGUCCACCCCACUAACCCGCUCUCGAAACCAAAGGUACCUGGUCUCAGAGGAGAGAGAGCUUGAGCCUGAGAGGAAUCUUGAGCUGUCGCUGCAGCUCACGUCGGGUUCAGGAGGGGGACACUGACCCUGUGAUGGGCCACCUGCCGCAGACACAGCCUCUGAGUUGAGCCUCCAGCUGCUGGCCAGGGACCUGGGCAGGAACAGGGCUGUGCCCUUCAGAGACUUUAUUGAAGCAGCAUUUGCCACGUGUAUACGCCACAAAGGUAUUAGCUGUGCCUGCAUCCCUUAGCGACCAGUCAGUGGAGGUCAGGCCCACAGACACACACUCUGUCUGCAGGUAAGAAACCAUAGCCCAGAGCUGGGCCAGUUGUUUGUUUGAACCUGGGAAUCACGGGCAGGUUUGCUACCUAGAAGCCCCAAGGGGCAGCUCUCUCUUGGCGACCGGAACAGGGUGAAUAGCAGGGGGCUGGGGAGUGAGCUCAGGGGCCCCCUCCCCUGGCUUCCCUCUGACACCUGCCUGGACACAGCCGGGUAUUCCUGCAGCCUGGACCCCGGGCCCUGCAGGGAGUGCCAGGGAAGAGUGCCUGUGGCCUGAAUGAAAGGACCGGCCUUUCCAGAAAACACUGUGUCUGAGCAAGAUAGUGUCUCAGGCCCUGCGUCCAUACUGCACCACACACACUAAUGAACUGACUGCACCGAAAACGGGCUCCUGGGGCAAGCAGGACUGUGGGAAGUCAUGGGGCCCAUGCCCCUGCUUCUACAAAGGCUGCUGCACAGCUGAUGGCCACAGAAGGGCCCCCGCUACCCCUGGGUCUUGGGGGGCAGUGGUUCCUCAGCCUGUCUUCACUCCUCGUUUACACCCCGCUCGGCUGUGUACUCCCCCUCGCCCACACCACCAUGCCAUCACGGCAGCAAGAGCAAACCUGGCCUGGAGAACCAAGUUUUCCCCAGGCACAGGGGGCAGGUGCUUAGAGAGAGAUGUGGGUUAGGGUUAGGGUUAGGGUUAGGGUUAGGGUUAGGGUUAGGGUUAGGGUUAAGGUUAGGGAGGCAGCCCUUCCAGGGAGAAGAAAGUCCAUUUUUCAUGGCUCCGUGCCAGAAUCCACCCAGCUCAGCAGGAGAAAAGUAUUGUCCCCACUCCCUGCCAGCCAGGGCUCUCAAACAGUCACCCCAAAACACCCAACCACCAUGCCGGGAGAGGGCGAUACCAUUGGUGCUUCGGCCUGGCUGGCUGGGGGCCGGAGUGGGGAGCCGUGUAGGUCACCUCGCAGUGACUGCAGGUUUAUUGCCUGUGCUGCGAUGGCCGCUCAGCAUGUACUUUUAUGUUCUAUUGACUUUGAGAGAGAGAGGACGGGAGAGAGAGAUCCAUCCAUCAGCGGCCUCCUGCACACCCCCCACUGGGGACCUAGCCUACAACCUGGGCAUGU